UCCACCAUUUGUCGCCUUUCUGGAGUCCAUCGCCACCACCAGCCACCAUCCACCCCUUGGCUUCCCCCUCGCGUUGGCAGCGGUCAGCGCCUCCGAGAUGGAGCUCCGCCUCUGCCUCCGUCUCAACGCGCCCCUCCCUCCUGCCGCGACGCCACCUUUCCCGGCGCACGCGGUGCUCCCCGCGUCCCGACGCCUUCGGACUGGUGGGAGCUACGGCGUCGCUCUUAGCGCUCUUAGGCGGCACACGAGGCGUUCGAAUCCGGCAAUCCGCGCUGCCAUAGCCGACGGCGAGCAGGGUGUGGCUGUGAAGGAGAGGAGCGUCUCGGUGAUCCUCUUGUCCGGAGGGCAGGGAAAGAGAAUGGGGGCAAGUAUGCCAAAGCAGUAUCUGCCACUACUGGGACUACCAAUUGCAUUGCACAGUUUAAAAACAUUCUGUCAACUGAAGGAAGUCAAAGAGGUCGUGGUAGUGUGUGACCCAGACUACCGUGAUGUAUUUGAAGGCUCUAUUGAAACCUUGCAAAUACCUCUUAAAUUUGCAUGCCCAGGAAAAGAGAGACAGGACUCUGUUUUUAAUGGACUUCAGGAAACUGAUGGGGACUCGGAACUUGUUUGUGUCCAUGAUUCUGCAAGGCCCUUAGUUUCUUCUGAAGAUGUAAAAAAGGUCUUAGAAGAUGCUGCUGUGCAUGGAGCAGCUGUUCUUGGUGUGCCUGUGAAAGCAACAAUAAAGGAGGCCAAUAGCGAUUCUUUUGUCGUAAAAACCCUUGACCGGAAGACUCUCUGGGAAAUGCAAACUCCACAGGUUAUGAAGCCCAAUUUACUCAAAGAUGGUUUUGAACUUGUUAGACGGGAUGGCCUUGAAGUCACUGAUGACGUAUCUAUAGUGGAAUAUCUCAAACACCCAGUCUAUAUCACGGAAGGCUCGUACACAAACAUUAAGGUGACCACUCCUGAUGACAUGCUUCUGGCUGAGCGCCUGAUGAAUGAGAAAUGAUAGGCAAAACUAACUGUUUGCCUGGUUGUACAGACAAAUGUGAUUUUGAAUUUUUGUGGCACGGCAUUCACCAGCACCUCCUCAAUUCUGAAAACCAGAAAAUAAGUAUGGAGCUCGUACACGAGAUAGCUGACCUCUCUGUAAACAUUCUUUGUAUAUCAGUGAAAAAAUAGCAAGGUUUUCUGCUGAAUUCAUACUUUGGCAGAACAAAUGGAGCUCCUAUUACUAUUUUA